AUGGCCGGGGCCUCGGCAUCCACCGAGCUGGAGUGCAGCGUGUGCUGCGAAGCCUAUGAUAGCCUCAAAUAUCGGCCGAUGACGCUCAACUGCGGCCACACGUUUUGUGAUGGAUGUGUGCGGCGCCUCAUGCCAAAUGCGGCUCCAGACUUGGGUUCUGCUUCCGCUGAACAUCAUGGGAAGUGCCCAAACUGUCGCGUGAAGGUCGUCAGCUCGGCCCCGAAUUAUACAGUGAUCGGAAUGCUCGACAAGCCGGCCGGCGGGAGCACAUCGGAAAAGUCGAAGGCCAAGGGAGAGAUUGACGAUACGCUCGAGCUGCUCCAAAUCCAGUUGGCAACCCUGUUGAGCGCUAAAAAGCCCGCCGAUGAUUUUGAGGAGCGCACCGCGGAAUUGCGCAGUCAGAUCACCCAGCUGAAGCGGAAGCUCGAGAAGCAAGAUCAUGGCUCGGAAUUGGCGGCUUUGCGGGCUCGAGUGGCCGAGAUAGAGCGUGGUCAGGAUCUUGGAAGAGACCGCUGGCUCUCCGACAGCACCUCUGUUGAUCGCUACCCCGAUAGUGACGAGGAUUCGGUUGCUAGUAGUGCUCUUAUGGCCAGUGAAAACACGAGAACCGCCUUCAUUCGGGGCCUACCCGAAGAUGUCACUGAGAAGCAGAUAAAGCAUCUUGUUUCUAUCAUUCAGCCCGUUGGGGGAAUGCUAAGGAUCAAGAUGUAUACGCCGCGCACGCUCGGCCACUGUCUGAUCACCUUUGGAAGUACGGACUCAUCUCGUGAAUUUAUCGAAAAAUACGACGGCGAAUAUUUCUUUGGAAGUGGCCGUCAGAUGGUGAUCUGCCAUGGCAUGUUCGGAGGCGAGCGCGUUUUGCCAAGCGGGAUGGUGGCCGACCGAAAGAAGGUGUUCAUUCGCGGACUGCCCCGCCAUGCCGACGAGCACCUGGUCGCCAGCCGAAUCUUCGGCUACCAGCCUCGGAUCGCAUUUUAUGAGAAGCUGUCGGUUCGUGUAAACGGGGCAACGGCCAGCUGCAUUAUCCAGUUCGACAAUGCGGAUAGCGCCCAGCGGGUGGUUGAUACAUGGGAUGGCAAAAUAUUCCCCGAGACUAGCUGCCGGCUUUCCGUCGAUUUCUGGCGUUGUCCGGGCGGUGGUCAGCUUGAGCCGACGCGAAGCCCUUCGCGUGCAACUUCUCGCGCUUCGUCUCGCGCCGGGACUCCGACGUAUCGCACCUACAACCGUACGAUCCCUAGCGUAGUGCCUCCGAUUCGAGACGUUCCUUAUUCACAGCAGUCGAGCCGUGCCUCGACCCCGGGCUUGGAAGCACCGUCUUCGCCAAAACGAGCUGCCCCGAAACCUAAUGUCAAGAAACCGAAGCCGUACAAAGCCAAAGAACCAAAUAACAACGCCGAGAGGACCGGAGAGCAGCCCGACAGCGCAAAGGUGGUCUACGUGCGAAAUCUGCCCUUGUCGACGACCAACCUGGACUUGAUCGCGCUCUUCCACGGGAAGGGCCGCAUUGCUCAACGCAAUGAACGGGCUUUAAUCGACAUAUUCCCCGUGAUCGGUUCUUACAAGCGCGCCAAGGUCGAGUUUGAGACCAGGGAAGAAGCGGAUGCGGUGAUCGCCGAGUUCCACGGCUCUAAAUUCCCGCGCUCGGAGGUGGUGAUGUCACUUGCUAUCUGGAAACCAAAGCCAGCCAACGAUGGCAACACUUCAGUACAGCCAACGGUGCAGCCAGAGAGCCGUGUGGUCAUCGUGAAGAACCUGCCGCGUCAGAAAAGCAAGAACGACCUGGUGGCGCUGUUCCACAGCCAAGGGAAGAUCCAAAUGGACCCGAAGGGCAAUCCAAAAAUUGUGCUCAAGAAAACUGGAUGGACUCAGGAGGCGACCGUCACCUUCGAAGAACCCGAUGCAGCCAGGCAGAUCUGCUACCUCUUCGACAACUACAAAUUUUCGCCAACCUCGUCAUCAAAGCUGAAAGUGACCCUGAAAGAAGCAUCUCAAAACAUGUUUUUCAACUUCAUCCCCUCCGCCCAACACCGCUCUAUGGCGGCGAAAAACGAGGGCCUCCUCCACACUAGAGAGGGUACCCGAAACCCAAGGACUGCAAUCAUCACCAACCUUCCGCCCAACUUCUCCAAGGAGCGAAUUGUCGACUGGGCCAAAACCGUCAAUAAGCGUGAAUCAUUUCACAUUAACCUCUACACCCCGAAAUCGCUCGGCAAGGCGCUGGUCGUCUUCGAAUCGAUCGCCUUCGCCAGGGAAUUUAUCGCGCGCUACAACGGAGAAGACGUUGAGGAAUACACCGUUUCCGUUCACCCUGGGACGUUCGGAGGUCAACAAAGAAGUAACCAGUUAAUGCUGCCUGAUGUCAAAAAGGCCUUCAUUCGCAAUCUUCCGGCCGCGGUCAGCGAAAGGGAAGUUUCCACCGCACUCCUCGGACCGAACCCGACUUACAAACGGUUGUCGGUCCGUAGAACCGACCGCGGACCGGCCACCGCCAUCAUCGAAUUUAACCAAGACGGGCCGGCCAAAGAGGUCAUCCAGAGAUGGGACGGGAAGCUGUUCCCCGGCCAUGCCGGCUCGCGCCUGUGCGUCGACUUCUGGCGGCCG